UGUUGUGAUAAACUUAUUAAAUAGAUAAGAAAUGAGCCACAACAAACACCUUGCUGGUGAACAGAAACUUACUCCAAAUCAAAAGUUUUUCGUCAAUUUGACCCCCGAGCAAAGGUAUGAAGAACUGAAAAAAAUACACCCUGGAGUUCACACUGUUAAACUGUUUGACCCCGCGACAUGUUGUAAAUUAGAAGAAAAGGUCGAAAAGGUGAAAUCAAAUGCUUUGGCAGGAAAGUAUAAAAGGUUUACGUUUGAUAAAGCCCCUCUGAGAAAUAAGUAUUUCUUCGGAGAAGGUUACACUUAUGGAUCUCAAUUGGAGAAGAAAGGAGAGGGUAGUGAAAGACUGUUUCCGGAAGGAACUAUUGACCCGAUUCCGAAAUGGAUUUACAAGUACAUCAUUGCACCUCUCGAGGAAAAACAAUUGGUUCCAAAAGACUGGAUAAACAGUGCUGUUAUCAACGACUACCUUCCAGGUGGAUGUAUAGUGUCCCACGUUGAUCCAAUCCACAUUUUUGAUCGACCUAUAGUCUCCAUUUCUCUCUUCAGUGACUGCGCUUUAAGUUUCGGCUGUAAGUUCUCAUUCAGACCUAUCAGAACUUCGAAACCUCUGUUGUCCGUGCCUCUCAGAAGCGGCUGCGCAUGUGUAAUGUCGGGUUAUGCCGCUGAUGAAGUCACCCAUUGCAUAAGACCCGAAGAUGUAUUAGAACGCCGAGUGGCGAUUAUUGUUCGUCGCGUGUUUCCAGACGCUCCGAGAUUAACUACAGAGCAGUUUGACAAUCUGUGCAAUAAACUUGACAGACAGGUUGUUCACCGGAACAAGUUCCUACAAUCAGAUGAAUCGUGCAAUAGCAGAUUUGUUUCAAGCUGCGAUAGUGUAAAAGGAGCCAAGCGGACAUUUGACAAUCGCGAUAACACUAAAUGUUUUGAUGAUUCUAAUUUGUCGAAAUAUGAAGGACAGUGCAACGAUGACAAAGUGAAAUGUGCAAAAUUUUAAUGAAAUAUUAUUUGGUGCUAAAUUUUUAGGAAGGCUAAAACAGCUUUCAAAUCAAAAUUCGUUAUAAAUUCUAUUGGUUUUCUGUUUGUCCGAUUUUGAGAAUUUUGCUGAAAAUUAUUUUGUCUGUUUUUUUUUUAAU